AUGGCUUCCCACCCGUCGCCGCCGCCGGAAUACCCUAGACCACCCGCUCGAACCACGAUAAGCGCCCUCGGCGACGACCAGCUCCGAGAGAUCUUCCUCCGCCUCCCGGACCUCCGCAGCCUCGCCUCUGCCGCCUUCACCUGCCGCGCCUUCCUCGGCGCCAUCCGCUCAUCGCGCGCCUUCCGCCGCCGCUUCCGCGAGCUCCACGCACCCCCGCUCAUCGCUCUCUUCCUCACACCCUGCAUGCACACGGUACCGGCCUUCCCCUCCUCACGGCGCCCCUCCGCCGGAUUCAGUCCCCUCCGAGACCACGCCGCCGCUUCCGAUUCCGAGUGGGGACUCGAUUUCCGCGACAUUGCCUACGACGACGGCUUCAUUUGCAUCGAAAAGCGGACCACCAAGCAGCAAGCUUUGUACAAUCCCCAAACAACUGCCCUGAUUCUCGGCCCCAAGGAGGACCACGACAUGCCCUACGGCAGCUCCCUUGAGUUCCACACACUCCCUCCCGAAGAGGAUCAGAGGCCGUCCCGUGUGGUCUGUGUCCGUCACGACUACUCGUGGGCUUGGGUACGCGUUGCUGUCCUCUCAUCCGACACCAUGGAGUGGCAGAUGUUCCCGGAGACUGCGAUGCCGCUGCCCGAGGGCUCCAUGCACGCAGCCAGCACGGUGGUGGAUGGGUUUAUCUGUUGGGAAUUCGUGUCCCUGAAUGAGGUAUCUCUCAGCGAGUACAUUUUGGUGCUCAACACGGAUACCUUUCAGUUCUCUCGAAUUGAUCUGCCGCCGUCCUUGAGAGUGGUAUACCCAAAAUUUAAGAUUGGUCAGACCAAGGAUCGGAACCUCUGCAUCGUCAUUUUUUGUUCCGAUCUGCACAGCCGGUGA